GACGUAAGCCAGUCCUCGCCUCGGGGUGUGUUUACAUCGAUAGCAUUUUACUAAACCGGCCAACGUUUGAUACAUCGACAUCAUGUUUCAUGGAAUAGCAGGCAGCGGAGGAGUAGGGGCAGCACCAGCUAAUAAACCUGAGUUGUACGAGGAAGUCAAACUUUACAAAAAUGCACGGGAACGAGAAAAGUAUGACAACAUGGCAGAGUUGUUUGCCGUUGUAAAGACCUUGCAGGCAUUGGAAAAGGCUUACAUCAAAGACUGUGUAUCCCCCAAUGAGUACACAGCUGCAUGCUCCAGACUCUUGGUUCAGUAUAAAGCUGCUUUCAAACAGGUCCAAGGCUCUGAUGUGGGCUCCAUUGAUGAAUUUUGCAGGAAAUACAGACUCGACUGCCCUCUUGCAAUGGAGAGGAUUAAGGAGGAUCGGCCAAUUACCAUCAAAGAUGACAAGGGCAACCAGAACCGUUGUAUCGCAGAUAUAGUUUCUCUCUUCAUCACUGUUAUGGACAAGCUGAGACUUGAGAUCAGAGCCAUGGAUGAGAUCCAACCAGACCUGAGAGAGCUGAUGGAAACCAUGAAUAGGAUGAGCAACAUGCCUCCAGACUCAGAGGCUAAGGACAAAGUGAAUCUCUGGUUGUCCACUCUCAGCGGUAUGUCUGCCUCAGAUGAACUGGAUGAUAAUCAGGUUCGGCAGAUGCUCUUCGAUUUGGAGUCGGCCUACAACGCCUUCAACCGAUUCCUCCACUCCUCCUAAAACUUUUAUCUGUCAUAGAUCUUAAUUUUUAGAUCUCUGGAUAAGUUGAAAAUAGAACGCUACUUUUCCCUGCAGGGAGUGAAUAAAUAGAUGGAUAGUUUUUCACCCACUCUGUUACCCCCUUCUUUAGGUCUACUUUCUGUUAUUUUGUUAGGUUUGGAUCUUUGGGAUCCUCCUGCCUUGUAAUGCUCCCUGAUAGUGGUACAUCAUGCUGCCUUCUGUAUCUUUCUGGCUCUGCAUUUUGACCAUAGCAGAGCAGUUUACAGAUUUGGCAAAGCAUUAACAAAGAACUGUUUUGAAAAAUUUCAGCAGCCCAAUACCAUAUAAUAAGAGUAUCUGUAUUGUGUUUGAAUACUUUUGGGUUUGUUCUGUUUGCCAUUUUCAUCUCAUAUACAUAUAUUUUUUCAUGUCAGGGCCCUCUAAAAGCAUCUGCAGACUAAAAGUAUUAGUCUCAGGCUGCUUCUCCUGAAUUGUAUCACUUCUCCAAAAAAAUAAUAUACUAUUUGUUGAUUAUUUAACUUCUCAUGUAUUUAACUUUAGGGGGGACUUAAUUAUUUGAUCUUUAAUGUUUGUCUUACUGUAACAUGUCUAAUCCACAUUUUAUUUUGAAAGUUUUCUCACAAUAUAGGUUGACAUCUCUGUGGAAAAACACAUGUUGCUUUAUAAAACAUUGCAACCUUGACAACAGCAUCAAGGAAAACAUGUUUAUGAAGAUGUAUCAUUGUACUGUAUAUAGUAGUGUUGAUUUUUAAAUAAAAGCACCUUUGU